AUGGCAGUAGCGGCAACGAGUAUGGAGACUUCGGGGAGUGAAGUGUUAGCUGCCAGUGGGCGCGGCGCAGCUGGGAAUGACUAUAGGCAGGCCUGCUGGCAGGUCCUCCGCCCUUACUUGAUCGCGCAGGAUCUCAAGCCACAAAUCCUAGCCGCAAUCGUGCUAAUGAGAGUGACUGCACAGACAAGCCGUCAUGAAACCCAUGCCGCAGGUGCCGAGGAUUCCUUGCCUAAACUGCAAGUAUUUGCUGAUGCAUGGGUGGCGGAUCACUCUUCAGCCCUACACGGCGCCAUCUUUCUUAACGCAAUGCAACUCGAUAUUCGAGUAGCGUGGCUGCAUCAUCAGCCCAUUCCACGCCUGGGCAUUAGUGCUUGUUUGAUGAAGAAAGUCUGCACCAGUAUCGACGAUCCGCGACUUUGGGACGCUCGAGCAAUCAUGCUUGUGGCUCAGGUCCUGAGGUACUGCUAUGGUUCUGCCGAAGACAGAACGCUGGACGCUUGGUUGGAUCUCAAUGUCCAGUCCGAGCACUGGAUCGACUCGCGCCCUGGAUCUUUCGAUCCGGUGAUGGAUGGGGGUGCUAAUCGAGAAUACCCAUUCGGGAGACUAGUCUAUCGCGAUGACAUAUAUGCUUCUGCGCAACUCCAUUAUGUGCUUGCCCGGCUUCUGCUCGUCAACCACGCCCCUCGCGAGGUCAAUGCAUGGGUCUCCGAAACUCGGCGUGAGCUCGAGACGCGGCGACUGUUCAAGCAGUGUCUGGCUAUAGCGGGGGGUCACCCACAUAACCCUAGCAUCGUGCUUUCGAGUACGCUGCCACUCCCAGAAUUCAGCCACCUUCUACAAGACCCGAAUGAGCACGAAGUCAUGAGCCGCCUGUCUCGGUCUGUACAAAGUAGUUUUCCUGGACUUUAUCGUGCUACGACGCCGAAAGUAUCUUCGGAAAAGAGUGGAAUGAGUCGGUAUGCGGCCAAUGUGACCUCAGACAAGUAG